UAACCGGUCGUUGAUUGAGGCUGGCUCGUACUUGUACGCCUCUAGGCCUGGGAAGUUGCGCGUUUACCGCGGGUGAAAUUGUCGCAAAUAUUUUACGUGGAUGCGCUGCGUCCUGGUGGUGACAUUAGGGUUAGCCCGUGAUUACAGUUUAAGGGUUGUCGAUUAUGCGUCCUAUACUUACAUGAUCGAUUGAUUGCACGCAUAGUGAUUCGAGAGAUGUGAUAUGAUAAGGGCGCCGUGAAAGGAGGUGCCCGGGGUGCCGAAAUGUACGGGAAAUCCGGACGGAGUCGCACCAUCCAGGUGCUCUGCGCCAUCCUGGGCUCAUGGUGGUUGCUAACCGAACCGGCCCUCGGGGUCCCGGACGACCCCGAAAUUACCACCUUAGAAGAUAUACCAGAGGGCGAUAGAAAGAAGAUCGGCGACAUUUGUAAGGAUGAUAGCGAAUGCAGUUUUGCUGGUUCUCAUUGUGAUCCAAGGAAGAAGAGGUGUUUCUGCAAAAGUGAAUUCGAGGCAACAAAUUUUAUUGACAAGUGUGGUCACGGCGCUAACGUCAACGAAUCGUGCUUCUUCAGCGAACAAUGCGAAGAGAAAACUACGAGAACAGAAUGUCGGGACGGACGCUGCAUUUGUAUGUUCGAAAAAAUUCCCAUGGUACGAGCGGACGGUACCAUAGAAUGCAUUGCCGAGGUCAACGAACCACCCAACCUCCAGUACGUGGACCCAGCCAUGAUAGGUGUCCUGGUCGGUAUGGCUCUCAUGUUCAUAAUAAUCUGCGUUGUUCUUCGACUCUUCAGCAAGGCACGUUGGCGCGAAAAUCGUACGAUUUUUAAUACGCCAAAUGCACGGCUUAUGAAUGUAUCCUUACUGAGGGAAAGUAAGCUAUUGCAUGGUCAGGAACGACGUGGCUCUCGCGCAAGUGUGCGAGGACCUUCUAGGCAGCCGUCGAUGGCCUCCUUGCGUGCACAUUCACCCUCCGCCUCGCAAGGUGCGAAACACUCUCAGCGAGUGAGCCGAUCUCGUCGUGGAAGUCGUGGAAGUAGUGGAAACGCAUCGGCAGUCUCCACCAGAUCGAACAAGUCACCCCCAGCGACUCACUCGAACAAUGCAACCGACCCAGUACUGGAGAACGUCACAGUAGAAGUUCUGGAAAACCGUGCGUAGCUCAAAAAUAAACGAGAAGAUGAUUGAAUGGGAUGAAACGAAAGUAAAUUUUGGAUCUUACAAGUCGAACUUCAGUACACUCUUUUCAUUAUGAGAUUUCGCCAUCGAGAAGCUUGCAAUAUUUUCCAUCGCCAAACCGUCACUCACCGCAUUCUCUUAGAGGGACCUAGAAGAGACAAAGACAUCUAUUAGAUAGCCAAGAAGGUCACCGAAAAAUUCUAACGCUAAUUAAUGAUCUUCGAGUGUCAACGUGCUGGCGUAAUAAGCGUGCUGACGUAUCAGGAUUCGUAACGCGAUAACAAUUAAGACCGUCAGACACUGAAUAGACAAGCAGACAACAGAUUAAAAGAAAUAAAUUCUUACCCUGCCACAUUACCUAUCUAAUACUAUCACGCGUUGAAUUUAGAUUCACUGUCAUUCGAAAAAUUUUACAUAAGCUAAACAAGACGGAUGAAUGAUCUUAGCUGAAUCUAUCAAAGGAGGCUGCACGCAUCUCUCUCUCUCUCUCGUAUACCCUGUGACUCUUGUCUAAAAGUUCUUACCCCGACUAAGGUACGACACGACGAAUAGAAUUGAAUCGCGUGGGAAUUUGAAGCGAACAGAAGCAAGGUACGUAUCUAGUUAGCGAUGACAAUGGCGAUGACGAUCCAUUAAAACGUUGCGACAGCCUCCAAUAUAAUUAUACUUAAAAUUAUUUAUGUAGUACGAUAGGCAGUCACAAUCAAAGAUAGAUAAACACUAUCGAUGAUUCAUCAGGUCCAGCUGAUUAUACAGUUUCCAAUGACUGUUACGCAUGACGACUCAUUGAUAAUCAAGAAAUCACGAUGGCUUGAUUGGAACUAGUCAGUCACUCGUGGCCGUAUCUUGAGAACAGGAAGCAACAGAAUGACGGUGCUCUGAUUGGUUCACACAGAAGCUAGACGAAUGGGACCAGAAGAAAGUGUUUUGAGACAGCAGCCUGGAAAUAUAAUAGAAGCAUUAGUACACUAUGUCUAACCUAUAUAAUCGCGUCAGACGAUUAAUUAACACUUAAUAAUAAUUAAUAGCAAAUCCAACGAACGCGACUCUAGAUGCACUAGAUGCGUAAGAGCGAAUGUUCUUCGUAUAAUAAACAAUGAUAGGCUCUUUGCGAGUAACUUAAAUAUUUUCCAAUAAGCUUUUGUCACGUUAUAAGGUACUCUUCACAAGUAUUGAUAAUAUCUGCACAAUAUAAACGUUACGUAUAUUAUAGUGCAUAGGAUUAUAAAGGAAAGCUACGAAUCGAACGAAAGCUUAUAUAAGUACGCGGUAAUACAAUUAAAUUUCAUAUAUCGAUUGAUUAUAUAAUCUCACGCUCUCGAUUGUAUCUUGCACAUACGUUUAUAUAAGUAUCAAUUUCAAAUAUUCCCGCGAGACGCAUCUACGCAGACGCUAGACGAAAUCCGCGGGUAAUCAAAUACAUAAUAGGACCGGUAGAAUUUGAAUUUUCAAUUGAAAAAAAAAAAAUUAAAAUCAUUACCGACUUAAUAGUCGUAUAAUAAUAUAUCAGCAGUUUAGUGCCUACGUUGUCAGGUAGUUAUUAUUAUAUAUAUAAUAUAUACAACGUACCAUUAACGAAGCUUAUGGCAUUACUGCAUUGAUUGAACACGUAGCGUUAGUACGAUAACGCCUAGCGACUGUGCUACUCUGUGAUUACUACGUAUUUAUAAGGAUAUCGACAUUGCAAUUGCACCACACGCAGACUCGCUUAGAUUAUAUGUAGAUAUACAUACAUCUAGUAUAUCUCAUCCCGCACCUAAUAUCCUUCUAAUUCGAGGCUAAGUAAAAGACACGGUGACGGCUUAUUUUCAUCUAUUUCGAAGUAAAGUGACAAAACUUAAAUAUAUAUAUAUAUAUAUACACAUACCUAUGUAUGCAAGCAUACGUAUGCAUAAUACAUUGAACAGCGAAACUUCGUCCUGACAAAAAGAAAAUCGAACGACCUUUCAAUAGGGAGUUAUCGCGUUUACCUUUAGUACACGUAUUUUCCUAUAACUCACAAAACAAUUUUAGAAUGUAAAUCAGACUCGUAGAUAACUCGUGUAGCUUGUGUCACUAGGACCGAUCCAAUCCUGAAGGGAAAUUAGGGGAAGGUUUCCAUUUUAGGGUUGGAUCUCGUGUCCACGACCAAUUAGAUUACUGCAAGUGGAGUGUCUGAUAUAUUAUAUAUAUAUAUAUAUAAUGCAUAUACGUAUGUUUACGGAAUAAGUAUAUGAGAAAUAGGAAGAAAAAAAGUGGGUGCUGCUAUCGGCUAGACGCAUCAAAAAUUCGAAUUGAAUACUCCAAUUUAUAGACUAUGGCUAAUUAAUUACACGAUCGGCGGAUAAUUGUAGCUAAGUUCUAUAACGUAAUGCGUAAUAAAAAUUUGGAGACUUUCCAAUAUCACCGAGGACAACUCCACGCGGAGCUUUGAGGUUUAUAUGUAGGUAUAACGCAAGUGUACUUACGUACGUUACUCCGUGUACUUGCUGAUCAGUCGUUCGCACCUGUAGAUUUUUCAAAAUAGAUUCUUCUUGUCUCUACGAAAAUGCACAGGGUGUCGUUGUGAAUGCCAAGAAAAGACUACGUGUCUCUGACUCGGUUCUUCAAUCAUCUUUUCGCAAAAAGCCGUUGACAAUGUCUGAAACGAUGUAUCAGCUGUCUGUGAUUUUUAAAUCCUUAACACGAUCAUGCUUCAUUUUGAAAGAAAGACGGAUAGGGCAGUAUAUAUAUAUAUGAUGUAUGUAGGUACGAUCUAGGAUGAUCCGUUCAUUGCACGAUCCUACUUGACAGACAAUUUUGGUUUGACUCGAUUUCUCCUAACCUAUAUUACUGUCAGUAAAGGGAUAACGUCUCUGGAAUGUUUUCUCAUAAAAGAAAUAAGAAAAUAUAUUUAAGACGUUCUUUGCAUCAUACAUUUUUAUACGCAAUUCGUAAAUAUUGUUAAUCCAAUAAUUUAUUGCUAUAGGCGAAUUCAUUGAUUAAGAAUUUCUUUAUGCACCGCGUGCCAAAUAUCCAUCUUACCACCAUGCUUCCCACUUUGAUGAGCUCGAUAAUAAUAUGCUUUUUAUUUUCAAUUAUUCUGUAUCCUCGCCUAUUUAAAUAAAAAAUAAUAUAUUGAAAGCCUUUUGAGGAUUAUAUCCUCCAUGCUCGCUGCUCAAGAACCGUUAAAGGCUGUACUGUGAAUACUAUUUACUAUUAUGAUACGUCUGUAUAAUAAGAUUGAAAAAACCUCGAAUGUUUAUGAGAGUAUGCAGAAAAGAAAAUGAACUGACCGAUCGCUAAACGAGGUUUAUUUUAAAGGAAGAAGUGAUUAUUAUUAAUGAAAAAAAUAUUUAAGAAUACAUGUGAUUGCGUACUGGUGAUGGAUGGCCCAACUAUGGGGAAGUGUCUGGGUAAUCCGCACCAUUGGAAGGAUCUGCGUAGAAUUGGUUUUUACUUUUAUGUUCUCUCGUCAAAAAUGGAAACCUCGUUUUGUCACGUUCUUAAUAUUCCGUCACUCGCGAUGCGGACAGAGUAAAUCACAGCAGGGAACCAAUAUUAUCUUACUCCAGGUUUAGAAACUUUAUAGCUCUAGUCACGCCUGUAGAACGUUGACACCUUCGCGAUCCAAUGUGCAUCAGUGAUUGGGAGUUUUUCUAUAGCGCAUUGAAAAUCGGCUUCAAAGAAUCACGUUUGGUUUGCUCAUUGAAGUUGUAAAGAAGACGUGAAAAAUUAAUCCAUCCGCCGACGAAAAGACGUUCACUUCUUUCUUCGACAUUGUACACCUUAUAUCUGCAUGACACGAUACAUAUGUAAAUCGUAAUACUAUGGGUUGCCAUUUUGUUUUUAAGGCGACGAUAUUUAACUUACUACGUUUAAUAAGUCAGUAGAACAAUUGUACCUUUUUCGCAGGAUUAAUUCUGUCACGUUGUAUGAUCUAAUAAUAAUUAAAGAAUAUUUUUAGCGAGGCAGCACCUUAUAGAACAAUUUAUAAUUAGACUUUAGAUGACUUUUCGAGGGUGGAUCUGAUUUGGAUCAAACGUUUAGCUAUUAUAUAUUUACUUAUUUUAAUAAAUGAAAAUUUUACGGAGAAUCAGGAUUUAGCGACUUGUAUUUAUCAAUAUACUUUUUUCUUAAUCACUAUUGUACGUGUAUUUGAAACUGACUUAGAUAUAUAUGAAUAUUAACAAUAAAAAAGGAUGCAGCUUGAUACACAGUUGAUUAUAAGUUUGAAUGAUGAUUUUUCAAUGACAGUAUGUAAUUUAAUUAUUUUAAUGUCCACGUUCUUUCUGUGCACCAUUGCACGGUGACAGAUCAAGAUUUUAUGUAAAACGGGUACGUCGAGUUAGAAGUGCAUCGAUUCGAAAUAGUAGGCUUGAAUUUUAAGAGAAUUAUACAAUAACGAUUAAGUAACUAACGCUCUGCGGCGAUAUUCUCUAAGGAUCUAGCCAGAAUUUUUAGAGAGCAACAAGAACAGUGGUAUUACUAUAUAUAUGAAUUAAACGAAAAUUGGUACACGUACGUAAGUAAAAUAUAAAAAAAUAGCGUCUAUGUAGAAUCAGUGUGGAUGGGUGCGGGUUAAAACGCGAGUCCCUCUUUUUCCAGUCUUAAAUAUUUUAUAAAACUUCGUAUAAUGUAAAGAUAUAUAUGUUAUAUAUUAUUGAAUUAUCUGUACUGUAAUAUCUAUACUGCAUUAUUAACGAGAACUUAGCCUACCUUGUAGUCUUUAUAUUAUACAUUUAAUAUUAUAGCUUACAAAGAAAUAAAUAUCUAUCUAUACCUAUUGUA